CAAUUAUAUGGACCGCUUUUGUUCCUAUUUCAUGCUAUUUUGCCCUUUAAUUGGCAAUUAGGGUUUCGAGGUCCUCGUCACUCGGAGCAGACAUGGGUGGAGGCAAUGGCCAAAAGGCGAAGAUGGCGCGUGAAAAGAACCUGGAGAAGUCCAAAGCUUCCAAAGGAAGUCAGUUAGAAACGAACAAGAAAGCGAUGUCGAUCCAGUGCAAGGUGUGCAUGCAAACCUUCAUGUGCACUACUACAGAGGUGAAAUGCCAGGAGCAUGCUGCGGCAAAGCACCCUAAAUCUGACCUUUAUGCUUGUUUCCCUCAUCUUAAAAAGUGAAUGGAAUCAAGGAAAAUUAUAAAUUUACAGAUUUUGGGGACAUGGUCACCUCAUGUACAAUUUUCUAUUAUGAUCUUUCUAUUCGUCAUGUAUCAUUGUGGGUAAGUGAAUAUGAUAUCGCUGUAUGUUAUCAAUGUCAAGUUGGUACUUAAUCCUAAAAAUUGUCUGCAUAUCUGUUUUA